AUGGCCAAAUUUGAAUCACCUGCAGUCGUCAGACGAAAAUUACAGGUCGAUUUUGGUGAAGACACACCUACUGAAGCUUGUAUUAAACGUACAUUCGAACGUUUUUGUGAAACUGUUAAUAAACACAACGUCAGAUAUUGGUCCGAAGAUAAUCCACAUGCAACCAUUGAAACAGUUAUGAAUUCUCCUAAAUUAAAUGUUUGGUGUGCUAUGUCAAGAACUCACUUGAUUGGUCCAUUUUUCUUCGAAGGUGAUACUGUUAAUGGAGAAAAAUAUUUAUCAAUGCUUCAAAACUUCUUUCUUCCAGAAGUUAGGAGAUUACACAAGGUCCGUUCAGUUUUUUUUCAGCAAGAUGGAGCUCCUCCACAUUUCGCCGUUGAUGUACGACAAUAUUUGGAUCAUCAGUUUCCUCAAAGGUGGAUUGGAAGAGGUGGUCCAAUUCGAUGGGCUCCACGCUCACCGGAUUUGACCCCUCUCGAUUUCUUCUUGUGGGGUCACUUAAAAAACAUCGUCUACAAAACUCCUGUAAAAGAUCUGACUGAAUUACGAAGAAGAAUCAACAACGAAAUCGAAUCAAUUUCUAAAGAAACUUUGUGUAAUGUUUUUUUCAAUAUUGUGAAAAGGAUGCAUUUAUGUGUUCAGAGUGAUGGUUUUUAUCGUGUCUAUACAAACACAGAUGAAGCUGAACUUUUGAUUGCUUAUGGAUUAAAUUAUGUUAAAUCUCAAGGAAGUUUACCAAUUAUUUCUGAUUACUUCAAUUAUGUUCAAAGUUCAAGGUUCUUCGUUGCUCGUGAACGAUGCGAAUUUAUAUCUCGUUUAUUAAAUAGCAAUGUUGUAGCAACAAAAGGAACAUUAAAGCAUGAUUAUAAUAUUAAAACAUUAGGGAAACGAAAGCACUUAAAAGAAGUUGUCUUACCAACGGACAAACCAUCUUCAGCAACAGUCAUUGAGAAAAAAUUUGUUCGAUCACAAUCAUCUUCAUCUGAACGUUCGCAGUCAUCUGCAUAUGAACGCGCCAUAUCUUCGUUCGCAAAGAAGCAGAAAACUAGUAAAUCUAUUAAGAAACAAAAGCAACAACAAAAAGUUAAAGCAAGAGUUGAAAAAGCUGUUGCUAUCUCGGAAUUACAUACAAUUUCAAGUUGGGAUGCUACAGAUACAAUAAACAAAAAGAAUUCAACUCCAGAAAAAACAAACAAGUCAAAUACUAAUCGUUUACCUAUGAUAAAUCGUUCCACUCCAAUAAUUAAUCGUUUAAGAACCAAACCUAAUGGGCGAAAUGAUGCGACAAGUUCAUCAUCUGUUCUAUCAUCUUCUCACGUUGUCGCAACUAAUACAAAAUCGAAAAACAAGCAAACAGCGUAUUCCAACAAGCGUUCUCAUCUGUCGGACGAUGAGAAUUCACCUCCCUCACAAGGUUCUUCAACAUUAGCUACUGCUAAGUCGACCAAGAGUAAGAAUUGUGAUAAGAAAAGUAAACGUGUGAAAUAUUGA